AUAAUCCAAGGUUGUGUCUGUAUGGGUUUUUUUUUUAAGGAAAAAGUUCAAGACUCGUUCAGGAGACACUGUAAAGUUGUCAGAAUUGUUAGAUGAAGGAUUACAACGAUCACUCCAGAAGUUAAAGGAAAAGGAGAGGGAUAAGGUUUUAACACCAGAGGAACUAAAGACUGCCCAAGAAGCUGUAGCUUACGGCUGCAUCAAGUACAGUGACUUGUCACACAACCGAAACCAUGAUUAUGUAUUCUCUUUUGAUAGGAUGCUGGAUGACCGAGGAAACACAGCUGCUUAUCUACUGUAUGCUCUCACGAGAAUGAAGUCAAUAGCUCGAACGGCCAAUGUUGAUCCUAAAGUCUUGCAGACUGCCGUUAAGGAGACUAAAAUACACCUAGAUCAUCCUAAAGAGUGGAAACUAGCAAAGGCUAUACUGAGGUUUCCAGAAGUGAUAUGCGAGAUUCUGGAGGAUCUUUGUCUUCACACACUUUGUGACUACCUGUACGAGUUAGCAACGACAUUCACAGAGUUCUACGAUAGCUGCUACUGUGUAGAAAAGGACAGGCAAACGGGUGAAAUCAAGAAGGUAAAUCUGAGCAGACUGCUAUUGUGUGAAGCUACAGCUGCUGUUCUCACUAAAGGGUUCCAUAUUUUAGGAAUCCGAACCGUAGAAAAAAUGUAACAAGUGUUGAUUUUCAAGUAUUUGUUUUUCAGGAUCCAAUUUUUGAUAAAAUGGCCUCUUUAAGCUAAGGUCAAAUAACUCUGGUAUUGUUAGGUGUGUGUGAUAAAACUGGCAGAAAACACAAACAUUUUCUAACAUUAAUAUAGUAAGUAGACCAUAACCUAUGUAUUAAUCUUUAUUCUUCUGGGACCAUAACCUAACAUUGUGAUACAUCAAUUGUUAAAUGCAGAAGGAAAAUCUUGAACUAAGAUACAUAAUUAAUGAAAGAAAUGUACUUUUCUCUGUGUUGUCAUGAUCAAUAAAUUAUGUGAAAACAAAAAUGUAUUAAAACAGCUA